AUGGCGGAAUCAAGCACUUACCUGCAACCAUCAAUCCCUAGAUUUGAUGGACACUAUGAUCAUUGGUCAAUGCUUAUGGAAAACCUGCUGAGAUCCAAAGAAUAUUGGAAUCUCAUUGAAGAUGGAGUGUUUGUUGCUCCUGCUGGCGCAUCACAAGAACAAAUUCAACGUGCACAUGAGAGCAAAUUGAAUGAUCUGAAGGCGAAGAACUUCUUGUUUCAAGCUAUUGAUAGAGCAAUACUUGAAACCAUUCUUGCAAGAAGCACAGCUAAAGAAAUAUGGGACUCAAUGCGACAGAAGUAUCAAGGAUCCACCAAAGUGAAGAGAGCACAACUUCAGGCUUUGAGGAAGGAAUUUGAAACCCUCAACAUGAAGAUUGGUGAAUCCAUUGAGGAGUAUUUCUCAAGAACUCUGUGCAUUGCCAACAAGAUGAGUAGUCAUGGUGAGACUGUGACACAGUCUAUGAUUGUUGAAAAGAUCUUGAGAUCUUUGACAUCUAGAUUCAACUAUGUUGCUUGUUCAAUAGAAGAAUCUAAUGAUACAACAACCAUGACAGUUGAUGAGCUGCAGAGCAGCUUACUUGUUCAAGAACAAAGAAUGAAGAGUCAGAAAGAUGAGCAAGAACAGAUCCUCAAGGUCUCUAAUGGUUGA